UUUGCAUAUGAUUUUUCAUUAGCUUUAAUCUGAUACCAAACACGACAUGUUUAUUUCGUAAUAUUGAAGAGGUAUUUUAAAAAGUGGGCGUGGUCUAUGACGUCAAUAAAAAAUUCCCAAGGGUGCUCAAGUGAAACCUGUCGGAUUCUUGAAGUAGACACUAUAUACUACAACUUUCAGCAAAAAAAAGAUACAUCCCAAACGUGACGGUCAUGCAAUAAUUUUGAUCAUUAUCUACCCGACUAAUUAAGUAUUUAUUCUGUAAUAACUUUGUCACGUAAAGAUUAUAAUACACCCAGAAAUUCAAAGAAAUUCUGCAUUAAUUCUUCCAAUAAUUUAAUUUUUAUUUCCGGACUGUAGAUUGGCGAUUGCAUUACUAAGAUAUACUCCACUUGUAGUGCAAUUGCAUAUCAUGGAAAAUGCCUCAAAUAGAGAGCGAGUGUUUGAGAGGGAGUGAGGAAGGGGGAACAGUUGAACUCUCUAGCUGUCUACUUUUCAUUUCUAUUUGUAUAGGACUACGCGAAAUUAGUUGACGCGGUUCGAGAAAUCGUACCUUGCCCACUUGACAGCAAUGUCGAUACUGUCAUUUACCAAUUACACACUACUUGGAGGAGACAAGAAGCUACUCGAAUAGUCAUGAAGAGGAAGCUCGAUGUGAGUUCCAUGAAGAAAGUUUUGAAAAUAAAGACUAGUAGUUGGUUCGCCAAUCACGACUUUACAAUAUGCAUGUGAUUAUAUAUUGGCUCCAAACUUCGCUUUCUUUAUGAGUUAAAUUUGUACACAAUGACAUUUUGCAAAAUUAUUUGAAAUGAUUUUCAACCAUCUGAAAAUUCAAAAAGAUUAAUAGAAACAUUUACUUUUUAUAUGUAAAAACGGAUAGCUCAUAAUAGUCCUCGCUAGAGUUGUAACAACCCUUUGGUUGUUUUUGUCAUUUUCUUAUUAUACUUGGUGAUAGCAAAAGCUAUGUAAAUUUUUAAUAGAAAUUCCCGGAUGGCAUCUUGCUGAUUUAAGCACAUUCUUUUUGAAAAUGUGUUUAUGAUAUCAAUAAAUAUAUAUUUAUGUCAAUGAUUAAUGCUUGUAUGCCGGAACAGUAGUGAACAUUCACAAAUGAAUCUGUCCCUAAUAUCAUUAUUCCUAGACAAAUUAUACCAUUAUACUCUAUUAAUAAUAAUAAUAAUGGUACGUGGCUACUUAUAUAGCGCACAGGUCCACCUUUCGGUGCUCAUGGUGCUUCAAGAAAAAAGAACACAACACUCAACAAGAGAAAACGAAAUUAAUUUCCUGUGUACACUAGACUUUUGUAAUUUGUUUCUUUUCUAAAAGUUAUAUGGUUAUUUAUACCUUCUGCCUACUUUGCUACCAUUAUUCUCUGUGUAUUUCGAUGAAAUAUAUUUUUAUGCAGAAAAUCAAAGAGAAACUUACGUCCAAAGGGAGUUGUGCACACCAAUGUGGUCUUGUCAAUGAGAAUGCAGCACUUCGAAAGCAAUGUGGCGAAAUAAAAAAAAAAUAUGAAAAACUCCUACAAGACUAUAGGCGAGUUUUAAAGGAAAAUAGUCUCAAUAAUCAGGUAAGAAAUAUCAUCAUGGUAAUUACUCAAUACUGGAAUAAGGCAAUGACAAAUUUAGGGUGUCAAAGUUUUCAGAAGAUUUGCGAGCGAGUAGAGAAAGUUAGCCCAAGUCAACAUAUUGUAAUAAAUAUACAAUACUUCCUUUUAUACAUUUGAUUUCUAAAAAUCAAGACUGCCAGUAGGAAACUGAUGGAAAUGGUUGAAAAAUACAUAACAAAAAUAACAACAAUUAUCAUCCGCAUUUAAAUAGCGAUUAAGACAUCAGAACAGCGUCUGUUACCCCUUUCAUAGGACCCUGGCAUGCCCGCACACAAUGUAUGCACUUUCUCCACUCCCUGGAGAGCAGUCCAAUAAGAGUUGCUUUGCUUACUUCAUACAUGUAGGCUUUCGCUUCCACACCUGGGUGCAGAGUACAUGUCAAGGUGUGGAUUUACUCCUUGCCAGAUGACGCUAGGUCUCGAUAGGAUUCGAACUCACGACCCUCUGUUUACAAGUCGAGAGACAGAAUCGCUACACCACGACGUGUCGUCGUGACGCUUAUACACGAUGAUUAGGCCGAAAAUGCCACUUCUGAGAUUUUUUUUAUUUUUUUUAUCUUUUUUUUUUUUUGGGGGGGGGGGGCUUCCAAGUCCCCAUCAAUAAUUUUACUCCUCUUCCUUCAACGCCAUCCUUUUUAGCCUAGAAUUGUAAAAAAAAUGACAGUUUUUUUUUAAUUGAAGCAUCAAACACAAUAUCUUGCUCUUUAAACAAUUUCGAGGAUAUUAUCUUCAUUUACUAUUAGAAUGCACAUCAUUAAAUAUCGUCUAGUGAGCAUCUAGAAAUGAUAUGUCACUUUUUUACAGGUAUUACGUGAAGAAGGAAGGGAAAAGGAUACCGACUCAGCUACUAUUAAUGUAACCGAUGUGAACAAACCAUGUGGAGAGACAGUGGCAAGAUUAAAAGUCAUCACCAAGGUGAUUUUUAAUCUCAAAGAUUAUCAUAAUAUGCUUGUAAAUGCAAGAGAAUUUCUUACAUUAUACAAUGACAUUUGUUAUAAUCCAAUGAGCUCUAGGAUAAACAUUGGAUUCAUUCACUUGCAUGAAGUCAGUGAUAAAUCGUUAUUAAAAUAUCAUUAUCGUGGGAGUGUUUAUAAGUAAGUAAAUACACACACAUAAAUAUAUAUAAUUGCAUGAUGGGUAUAAAGAAAACCUUUCUCAGACAGAAUCUGUAUAGUCUUCUCGGUAUUUUACUUUGGACAAAAGGUUAUUUUAUCGAUGAUAUGGGAUUAUGAGGUAUGCUUUGCUUUAUUAUUUUCACUGUGUAGUUUCUCUUUUAUACUGGUCACCAUCAUUCUAUUCACAGGUUGACAGCCAUGAUACUCACAUAGGAAAUAACAACACUGCUAUCAAAUCAGAGAAGUAAGAAUCCUUCUAACUUACUCCUGAAAGGUUUUCCUCAGUAAUGCCAUGAUAUAUUUUCAAAGUCUUUAAUGUUAAUUUCAAAAAGGAUAAUUAAAUGUCAUUUGUUUACCACUGAAAUAAUCGCACCACAUCAAAGUGCUUGAUUAAUUUGCAUAAACCAACUUUUAAUAUAAGUGUUGUACAAUAAUUGGGAGAAAUGAAAGAAAAUUUUGUCUCUGUAAAUGAAAAAAUAUUCUACAAAAUCUUAUUCGAAUCGUUUUACCCAUAAUUGCAUAUUCACCUUCUUAGAGCAAUUUAUCUUGUGGUUAGUUUUUUACUGUGAUUGAAACAAAAUGGACAAAUGAUAAUGACCUGUGAUAUACUUUAAGCAUUUUAUUGCUUAUUUAUUGCCUCAAAAAUUAAUAAGGCUCUUGUGCAUAGAAGGAGAUGCAGAGACACUAUUUAUGCCCUUUCUUUUUGCAUUUAGCAACCUAAGAUAUAUAUUGAAUUUUGUAUUUCCCUCAGAAAUUCAGAUGAGCCUAAUUGUAGAAUAAAAGAAGAGCUAGCAUGUCUUCAUUUUGAGAACGAUAACAACAAGAUCAUGGUGGAUCGUCUGCGCCAUAUGCUUUCAUCGUAAGUCUCUGAGAUCUUUAUACCGUUUCCAUUGAUUCCAGAUUCUCAAAAGAUUUAGUUUUCAAUUUGUAUGUAUUGCUUGGUUUGCAUCAAAUAAAUUCUGCAUAAAUUAUUUUUUUCAACUUUGUUUACUCCUUAAAACCACUCGUUUUCACUAAAUGAGUCUAUUAAAACUAUUUUACAAAAAAAAUAUCAAAUGGAAGGUUCAGUACUUGAGUUCCUUUAUUGCUCGUUUGUAAUACUCUCUACAACUCUUUUUAAAAUUACCAUUUCAGAUUUCACAAGAAUGUAAUCAUCAGCAGUGGUACACUGCAAGUGUCUCCUAUUUCGAAGACUGACCAAGCCGUUCUUGCCACCUUCGCGAAGAUUCCAGUUAAGCGUCUUGAUCCCAAAAUGCUUCAACUUUGGAAGAACACAUCCAAUGAUACAGGAGAAGAAAUCUUAAUAGGCAAGGGUGCUUUCGGGAAGGUGAAUCUCAUGCGCUACAUCCCAACAAACAUGCCAGUUGCUGUCAAGAUCCAAGAAAAGAAAAAUCGUGGAAUAAAUGAAGAAGAUAUGAAGAACAAACUCAUCUCUAGAUCAAUGAAGGAGGCAGUCAUGCAACAUGUGAUGUCGGAUAAUCCUUCAUUCCCUGGAUUGCUUGGUAUUGUUGAGAUCGAUGAUAAUCUUGGCGUGGUGUUAGAAUUUAUUGGGGACAAAAGAUUUGCCAUCAUCCAUCCAUUAUGUGAUGUUCUCUUUGAAAGACGUCCUGGAUUAAGUCGACUGGAAUGGAUAGACAUCGCACUCGAUAUCGUCCAGGGUCUAGCUUCCCUCCACGAAAAUGGACUCCUCCAUAAUGACCUCAAGAAAAAUAAUAUCCUGAUGCAACGAAGUGGUGAGCGAUGGCGAGCAUACAUUAUUGAUUUUGGACAUGGUAGUACAAUCACAAUGCCUUUAAAAUUCCCAAUAUUCACGCUUGAAGAAGAACGGGAAUAUCUUGAAGGACUCCUCUAUCAUCAUCUCGCUCCAGAAAUUAUAAGAGAUCAGGAGCCAACCUCGGUGUACACGGAUAUAUAUUCUUUAGGAAAAGUCCUUCUUGAUAUUGGAAGAGUUUCUGGUGAUCGGGAUCUUAGGCUUGUUGCGGAGAUGUGUACCAGGGAAAAACCUUAUCGAAGGGCUACAAUGUCAAAAGUCGAACUUUCUGUAAUACGUGCAAAAGAAAAAUCACAGCAAUGA